AGGAGGAGCCGGGACUGAGGAGGAGGAGCCGGGGCCGGGAAGGAGGAGCCGGGGCCGGGCGCAGGCGCCCCGCCGGUAUCCGCUGCUCGGCCGGGCCUGGCGGCCGCCCCCCUCGCCGCCCUGGCGCUGCGCUCCAUGGACGGCGUUUUCCUGUCGCCCAGCGAGGAUGAGUUCGUGGGCAGGAUCGCGGAGGAGCUGGAGCAGUUCCUGGGGCAGGGGCAGCACCAGCGAGUGCUCCUGUUCCCACCCCUGUCCAGCCGCCUGCGGUACCUGAUCCACCGCACCGUGGAAAACAUGGAACUGCUGAGCAGCUUCUCGGUGGGAGAGGGCUGGAGGAGGAGGACGGUCAUUUGUCACUCGGCCGUCAGGCUUCCCAGCGAGGCCCCGAGUGACCCAAAGCCCGGCAGUGGCGCGGCGCGGCCGCAGCGCCCAGCACAGCCCUGGGGCCGGGGCGGGCGCGGGGCGCGGCUGCGGCACCCCGGGGACACCCACGGGGACAGCGCCCGCGCCUCCGUGGGCUCGGGCAGGAUCACCAGGCCGCCCAGGAAGAAGCCAGACAAAGCCCUGUACGUGCCCAGAGGCAUCUCCCAAAGGAAAAAGGCGAAUUGGAGGGAGAGGGAGGCAGAGCCCGACGGGGAUGCGGCGCCAGGAGGGGAAAACUGCCCCAGGAAUUCCAUGCGGGACAACCAGCAGGAGCUGGGCAAGGCUGGAGACAGCGCUGGGAAGCAGCAGGAGGAGCCUGAGGAUGUCCCAGGAAACGGCAGCGCUGAGCAUCCUCCGUGUGAUGAGAAGGUGCCGAAGGAUUUAGGGAACAGCCACGAUUCCUGUGAGCAGGAAAGCCGGGAUAAGGACUGUUCCCAUUCCCUGACUGCUGCACACAACAAACACCCACCUGAAGCAGCAGAGCAGGAGUCCAGCCAUGCCAGCACCACCAUUCCAGAGGGCAGCGAAUUCCAGGAGGAGAAGCAAUCCAGGCGGGAUUCCGGAGGGUCGGAGCGUGGGAAAGGCUCCAGCCCUUUGGAGAACCACGGUGGCAGCAGGACAGAGCUGGGUGGGACAGAGCUGACCACAGGAGCCCAUCCCGGGUCAGAGCUGACCACGAGUGCCCAGCCUGGCUCAGAGCUGACCACGAGUGCCCAGCCUGGCUCAGAGAUGACCACGAGAGCCCAGCGUGGGUCAGAGCUGACCACAAGAGCCCAGAGUGGGACAGAGCUGACCACGGGAGCCCAGCCUGGGUCAGACCAGCCCGUGGCAGUGACAGACCCAGCCCUGGCAGAGUCCCCACUGCUGGAAACGCAGAGCCUGGAGAGCAGCAGGAACCUGGCAGAGCAGGAUUCCAGGAGUGCCGAGGAAGGCCGGGGUGAUCUCGGUGAGCAGGGGAGCCCCAGCACCGGCCAGCUGGAGCAGAAACCCCUCCAGAAGGUUCUAGAAGGCCCAGGUGAGGCUCUGGCUGCUCCUGAGCUGCUCCGUGGCGAAGAUCCCAGCGCUCCGGGGCGGAUCUGCAGCAGGAAGGUGCCCGGGGAGGAAGAGGAGGACAAGGAACGCUCGGAUGUGGCCGAGGCGCUGUGGAGGGACCUGGAUUUGGCUGCAGGGGACAGGGAGGGGACGAGGCAGAGCGGCCUCGAGGACGACUGCACAGCAGAGCUCCUGGCAGAGAUCGUCGGGAAUCUGACGGUGAAGGACAUCAGCAUCGAGAGGAUCAGCGUGGAUUAUUCCGGCUACGGGGAGGCCCAGGUCAGCGAGGGGGACUUGGGCCACGUCACCGAGAUCUACGACUUCCCCUCCUCCCUGAAAACCGAGGAUCUGAUGGAAAUGUUCUCCGAUUUCCACGAGAGCGGCUUCAAAAUCCAGUGGGUGGAUGAUACCCAUGCCCUGGGAAUCUUCUCCAGCCUCUCCACAGCAUCCCAGGCCCUGGGCCGCCGCUACCCCUGCCUGCGGAUCCGGCCCCUGAUCCACGCCUCCAAACAGGCCAAGCUCAAGGCGCUCCAGAGACCAAAAUUGCUGCAGCUGGGGAAGGAGAGGCCGCAGACGGACACGGCAGUGGCCAGGAGACUCGUGUCCCACGCCCUGGGCUGGAGGCACAGGCAGCACGAGGCCGCAGGGAAUGAAGUUUUCCAGCCAGAAUCCUUGGAUCAGGAGGAAUAAUCCCAAAAAAACCCCCCAAAAAACGGCUGUAAAGAUGAGCAUGGCUGUGCUAUUAAAUGCAUGCAGAGCAGGCAGCGCCACGGGGGUGUUCCUUUAGGGAUCAGCUUGGGAAAGUUGGGAAUGGGAAUUCCUGUUGGGUUUGUUUGGUUUUUUUGUUUGUUUUUGGAGCCCUGGGAAGCGCUGGAAUUCUUUGUUGGGUGUUUCAAAGCGUCUGGGGCGCCUGCAGGAAUGAGGUGGUUUCUUUAUUCCUUAUUCCUGCUCUGUUUUCCAACAAAAAAUAGGCAUUAAGAGUAAGAAAAUAGGAUUUUUUUUGGGCCAAAAUUCAACUCUUAAGACAAGGGCAGGAGUUCAAAAAUCUGUUCCACGUUUGUUGUAAUGUUGCUGUUCAGAUAUCCCAGAAAACUGACAGGAAGUGGAUUCAAGUUUUAGGGAAUUCUUUCCUUAUUUAUAGAGUUUCAAGAGCCUGAACUUCCCUGUUGAGGAAAGUUGGGAUCUGCUCAUUAGGGAAAAAAAAAACCUCCAGAAUUUGCCUGUGCUGACGUGCCCAGAGCUGGGUUUAAAAUGAGCUUUCACCCCCAUUCCAAGCUCUGCUGGUGCUCCAGUCUGGGAUUCUGAGGAAGAACAGGAAUUUUCCAAUUGCCAGGAGGUUAAAACCCCUUUGCCAGCUGGAGAAAUGACAAAUACUCAAAAUAUUUCUGCAUUUUUAAGCCUCACAAACAUCCCUGUGGGGUGGGGUUUGGGGGAAGUUUGCAGCCAGUUGGAAUCCCUGUGGGAUCAGCUGGAAUUCCAGGUAACUUUGAUUGUAGGAGAGGAGAAAAACCCCCAAACUUCCAGGAAUUCUGAGGAGAAAUACACCAAGGCCUUCUAAAGUGAUUUUUUUCUUUUUCCAGGGAAAAGGUUUUUAUUUGAGCUCUGUAGCAAAGUGUGUCCUCAAACAAACAGAGGAGAACUGGGAAUUCCCACAGAGGCAGGAAUUCCCUCUGCAAGGUGCACAAGGAUAAUUCAUCCUUGGAAAAAAAAGAUGGAAUAUCCAGGCAGGAGGUGAUCCUUGGAUGGGCACAGCAGCUGGUGGCUGGAGGAUCCCUGUGGGAUGGGAAUUCCCAACCCAGAGGCCUCAUCCUUGAGAAUCUGCAGAGUUCUGGGUGCUGAGGGAUUGGUUCAGGGAGCUUUGUGAGAUUCCCUGUGAAAUUCCACAUGAAAUUCCCUGUGAAAUUUCCACGUUCUGCGUUUGCUCCCCUCCGGAGCGUUGGAUCCAAGUGUUUCACUGCAGUAUUAAAUUCAGCUUUACACUGUUCUGCUCACAAAAA